AUGCUUAAAUCAUUUGCUGGUGUCAAGUUACCAACAUCGGUAUAUCACCAGCUGCCUAGAGCCCGUCCUGCCAAUGGGCCUUUGCUAAUUUUCAUUCCUGGGAACCCUGGUGUGAUUAGUUAUUACGUUCCGUAUUUCAAACUAUUGGGAGCCCAGUUCAAAACUCUGGAAAUCUUGGGUAUAGCUCAGGCUGGUCACCAGAUUCCAGAUGGUUUUAAUGGUGAUGAAUUUGAUUUGGUUGUUGAUUUGCAAGGUCAGAUAGAUCAUAAAGUUGCAGUGAUUGAAGAGUUUUUAAGUGAUGGCGCUGGCGCUAAUCGUGAUGUGUUGAUAAUGGGUCAUUCUGUUGGUUCUUGGAUGGUGGAAAGAAUUGUUUUGAAGUUGUUGGAUAAAGUGAAUUUUAAAUUCAUUGGAUUCAUAACUCCUACGAUAAUUGAUAUUCAUAAAUCUGAAAAAGGUGGAACUGCUUAUCCAUUGAUUAAGAUCUUGCCCUAUUUAAAUAUUCUACUGGCCAAAUUAAGUAGCCUAUUGGGUUAUCUUCCUGAAAGGAUAACUAGGUUUUUGUUAUCACAAACAUUGAGAAACCCACCAGCUCAUGCUUUAGAAUCAACAAGUCUCUUCAUAUCAAAUCCUCAACAUAUAAGACAAUCAAUUGGACUAGCUAUAGAGGAAUUGAAUGUAAUUCAAAAUGAUUGGGAUUUUUUUGAAAAUGAAUUUUUAAAACAAACAACAACAAUACCCAAAUGGUUCUUUUUCAGUAAUGUUGAUCACUGGGUAACGAAUGAGACUCAAAAAGAGAUUACAGAAAGAAUGGAGGGUGUCGAAAAUGCUUUUGUCGAAAAUAGUGAUGAAAUGGUUCAUAGUUUUUGCGUCAAACAAAGUGAAGAAUUUGCAGAGGCUACAACAAAAGCUUUGAAUGAAUUGUAUUUUAAUAAUUAG